UUAUUUAUUGUAAUUUUUUUUUGCUAUAAUUUGUUGCAAGGAGUUUGUAUAUGAACACGGCUUUAUUUUUAAAGUUUAUAAAAGUAUGCUCUCGAUGAAUUUGCUUUACUUUACUUUCUUACUCGUAAGUUUACAUAUUUAACUUGGGCUGUGUUCGUUAGUGUCACGAGUUUUUCCUGCGUUUUUUUUUGUGUCGGAAUUCUACAACAGUAAAGUAUGGCUCAGAUUGACAAUCCGUUUUGGUUGUAUGAAGAGGAUUCGCCACAACCUUCAACUGCCGCUAAUAGCAGUUCUAAAAAGAAAGCUGAACCAGUGAAGCGGGCUAAAAAGUCCCAAAAGAAAAAAGUUCUGCCGGUGAAAAAUCCAUUUGCUGGGGAAUCAGAUUCCGACAGCGAUACGAUAAAGAUUGCCGAGGAUACUACUCCACCAGCUAUCAAACGAAAGAAAAUUGCUGUUUUUCCUGACUCUGAGGAUGAAUCGCAACAACCGAUUCGAGCGGCGACUUUAAGAAGUGCUUUCUCUCAGCGCGUAGCUUCGGGUUACAGCUACCAAUCAGACCCGACGAAAACAGGGCAAUACUUCUUCGAACUGAGAGUGUACAACACUCGCGAGGCUGAGCGGCUGUCAUACAACGAGCGCUGGAAGCAAGCUCUCGUAACUUUGAAGCUUGCUACUGACCAGAACACUGGUACUUGGGCUGCAUUAACCGGUCUAGUUAAUGCUGGUCGAAAAGAAAUGAGGGAUAUUCGCCCGGUACUGUACCCUAAUCCCAAUAAUUAGUAUAUCAUACUAGCCUAGCUAUCCUACUAUUUUUUUUUUUACUUUUUUAGAUUCAUGUAAUCCCCAUCUUAGGUUUAUAAUACCCAUUUAACUUUAUAGCAAAUAUUUUAUUGUAUCUUAUUAUUACGUAUGUGCCAUAAGUCUUUUAUUAUUGUUCAUCGAUAUAAAAUAAACCUUGCAGGCUUUACAAAUAACAAUUACAUUUUAUUCCUUCUAAUUGCAUCUAUAUGUAUUCUUUUACAGACAUUUUACA